AUGAGUCUACUGACGAGGAAGCAAAGGAAGGUGGAAUGGAAGACGACGGCAAAGAAAUUGAUGGCUCAGGGGACUGAUGAAAGUGAGGAGGAUAUUGUCCUUGGAGAAUGGUCAAGUGGGCCUGACUCAGAGCGAGACGCAACUUCUGGCGAACGCGAAUGUUAUAGCAUCGAUGAAAGUGAUAAGACAUGGUUUGUCUUUGAAAGUGAUUCAGAGGAAGAGGUAUUUUAUGGUUUUGACUGAGUUUGGAAACAGUUGAUGUUCUUAAAAUUUGAUGCAGGUCACUAUAACAAAAUCUAAUAAAUUACUGUAGUAUAAUAUAGAAAUUCGUUUAAUUUUUACAUUAGUUACCAGUCUUUCCAUGUCUUACUGAUGUAACAGAUACCUGGAACAAAGUAUUGAAUGUCCUCUCAAAUCGUCUCGGGAACAUGUUCUCAAUACAAUCUGUAAACACAGGUUUGUAG